AUGGACUCGACCCUGUCAUAUCCCAUGCCAGACGGCGUCUACGCCAUCCCACAUGAUGAAUUAGACCUCCGAUCAGACGACGAAGUGGACCAUGAUCUCUUCAAUCCUAAACCCGUCUCGGAUGAGAAGAAUAUCUGGUUCUUCUGGCACAGUGGCAUCGGCAAAAUGCACGGCUAUACUCGGCGCACAGUUCGGAAUUGGCACAGAAGAUUUUCCAAGAAGGGAUGGGUAGUCCGCGUCCUGGAUUUUGAAGCCGGCUCUCCCUUGAAUGUGGCACACUACCUCGACAUUCACGACACAGAUGUGUUUCCUAAAGCGUUUACGGAUAGCGCGGUUGGCGGCCAUCACUCAUAUCAGCAUAUCUCGGAUCUUGUGAGAUUUCCCCUCUUAUUGAAAUAUGGAGGCGUCUAUGCGGACGUAGGCAUGGUUCAAAUAGGAGAUUUGGACCGUGUCUGGAACGCUACAAUCGGCGACCCUAGCUCACCAUACGAUGUUUUCACAUAUAACAUGGGCGGACCCAAAGAGCGCGGCAUGGCAAACUAUUUCCUCGCCUCAGGACGAAACAAUCCUUUCUUUCUACGGUGUCAUAAGCUGUUGCUUGCACUGUGGGCGGAAGAUGGGGGAAAGACAAGCACCGAGGGAAUGCAUGCUAGCCCAUUGUUGAAAGGAAUUGCCUUACUGGAUACUGGUCACUCGAUGGAAGAGAAUGGCAGAACAUAUGGACGAGAGGAGACUGCCAAAAUGUUGACCGAUUAUAUCAUCCAGGGACAGGUUAUUACCAUGGUCAUGGGCUUGAUCGACCCAGAAGAUGAUUGGAACGGACCGAAAUAUGUGACAGAGCACAUCUAUGCAUACGACUACAUGGUUGGAUCACAGCUCAUUAAUGAGAUCACCGCAUGGAACGGCCCUAAACAGUUUGAGCUCAUGUCUCUGCCUGUUGCUAAGGCCGGUGAAGAGGAAAGCGACGACCAAAGACUCGCACGCAAGAUUGUAGAAGACUGCCUAUCCAAAAGUUUUGGCAUGAAGCUCGCUACAGGUAUAAUUGUCAGAAUUAUGGGCGAGACUUUGAGCUCACUAUGGAGGAACAAUGAGGGCAGCGAUAAUGUCCCAGGAACAUAUGCACAUUGGUUGAGAUAUGGUACUCUGUAUUGGUGCCCAAAAGAUCAUCCCGCCAAGCUGGGUUUUACAGAGAUGCCGGCUUUCAAAGUUGGCCCUCUAUUGGGCGAAGGAGAAAUUGGACCCGGUGCCAAAACAAAUGAUUUUCGUGUACCGAAUUAA